CUCACAUGCCGUUCAACAAUUAAACGUCUCACUGCUUAAGUUUCUCACUGCUUAACUGUUUCACUGCUUAAGUGUCUCACCGCUUAUGUGUCUUACUGCUGUAUAUGUGAGUGUGCAACGCAAUGGCGUUUAAAAAAGAAAAUUUCGCGGGUGAAAUGUAGAUAUAUAAGUAUAGUUUCCUUUUUAAACAUGUUUUUUUUUAAAUAUUUUCCUUUUCUGUUUUAUUUGUCUCUAUGUUUGUGUGAGAAAUAUGCAUUUUGUAUAGUUUGAUUCUUAGCUAAAUUCACUGUCUAGAUUUUGGAAAAUGUGAUGGGCACUUGCACCUAUUUGUAGGCCUUCUAUAAAUAGGGCCCUGCACGCAACACAUGCAAGACUAUGAUUGGCAAUUGCAGUUUUACAAGUAGGACUCAUAGGAAUAUAGGCUCUCAGAGAACACAGUACCCAUCUCAAUGUUCACUCAACAAACUUCAACUCUAAACUGGAGCACUGUUAUUUGUCAAGCUCUUAACUCAAGGAUAUUUAGACUGAAGAUUAUUUUCCUUUGACCUCUCUCGGAAGCUGUUUUUCUUCAUAAAGUGUGCUUAAACAUUUGUGAUUCACUUAAAAAAACAAUGACGUCCAGAAGGCCAAUGACUCGUUCUUACUCGGGCAACGGAAGGACAAGCAGCUUCGAAGAGGAGGGCAGCUCUUCCAACAGAGAAAGCCGCAAUACCUACCUCUCCAAUGUCAGGCCUGAGAACAGCUAUUCAAGGCAUUCUCACUACAGGCCACCGAGGAGCACCCUGUGCAGUGUGAUGGCACAGCUAACGGAGGACAUACAGCCAUCCUUUGAGAAAACGUUGAAAUCAAAGGCAGUCUCCGAAAACUGCAACGUCAAGUUCACAUGUGUGGUGACUGGUUACCCUGCUCCAGAACUGACAUGGUACAAAGACGAUAUGCAAAUGGACCGGUACUGUGGACUGCCGAAAUAUGAAAUUAACCGCAAUGGAAAAAACCACACUCUGCAAAUUUACAACUGCACACUGGAUGACGCGGCCAUCUACCAGGCGUCCGCCAGCAACACUAAGGGCAUCGUCUCCUGCUCAGGAGUUCUGGAGGUGGGCACCAUGAGUGAGUUCCUGAUCCAUCAGCGCUUCUUCGCCAAGCUCAAGCAGAAGGCCGACAACAAGAAGAAGGACUUGGAGGGCAGCAAGAAGAUAGAGAACGUCCCGAAAGAGCAAUCAGAGAGGAGCCCUCAGCGCCCUCCCAGGAAGCGUCCAGUCCCACCGCCAGCAACCAAGGAGGAACCCCCAGCUGUGGAGCCAGUUGUGGCUGCCGCCUCCGAACCCAACGGCGCCAGCGCUGACAUCGAAGAAGCAGCCCCUCAGACCCCCACAGCCGUUAUCAUUGAAAAGAAGGAUGACACAGAUGCUUCACCCAAGGAUAAUGUGGCCAUAAAGAAAUUAAAGAUUUCCAAUGGCGUGGAUGGAGUUACCGGCAGCGCUAGUAGCAGUAGAGGUCAUGCAAUCGUCAACGGCCGCCAGAACUCUUACGACGGCGGCAUCAGUUUAGCACAGUUCUUGGCCGAGACGGUCAGUGCGCAGGCUGUUGAGGAGAAACAGGCGGAGAAGACUUGUGAGAUGGACGCGUCCGUGCAAGGGCUCAACAAAGAAGACGAAAGAGAGAAAGAAGCCAAGUGUAAAGAGGUAAAGGAAGUCGAGAAAGUGAGCGUCCACGUACAAGAGCACGAACGGUUGAGAGUAAGUGAAACAGAAUUACAAGUUGAGAGAGAGAAGGAAAGAGAAAGGCAGACAGAGUUGCAGCGCCCGGUAGUCCAUCAUACCCAUUCGCCAGCCCCAAAAAGUCACAGGAGAGGUCACAAGGACCAUGAGCACCAUAAUAUCCAGGCUUCCCUCACCUCCGUGCUGCACUCUGUCAAGGACUUUUUCUUUGGCAAGGGCAAGAAGGACUCUCAUGAUCAUAGAGACAAUGAGGAGACAGAGGAUUAUAACUCUAAAACUCCACCAGCAGAAACACCACCACAAACACCACCAUUGCCUCGACUAGAGGACUGCAGACCGCAUCCAGAAGAGGUUGUCCCCAUGGAGUCGGAUGAAUCGAGGGAACCUUCACGAGUCGUGGUCACAGAACCACAUGUAGAGUUAGGGAAGCCAUUGACCGCCCAUGGAGUUGGGCCUGAAGUUAUUCAAAAGGAACAUUUUCCAGCACCAGCGCCACAAUCAAACACUGGAGUUGAUUCGUUUGAGCCCAGGGUUAAAGAGGUGGUGAUGACAACACAUGCAGAGCACAGAAGAUCAGGAGAAGCAGCACCCAUGUCUGUAUCUCCCGUUUUCAUUAAGGAAAAAGAAAAACUUCCCCAGAAAUCAUGGAUCACGGAAGAGUUCGCUUUAACCCAGAAGAUCUCAACUGUCCCUUUGCCAGUACCAACAGUUGAAACCCAGAUUGCACCUACGAGAGUUCUCCCGAGCUCACCUGACACCCAAACCCGGGCCUGUGGCGAGGCCUCCACCCCUGCAACACUGAGUUACCGUACGGUAGAAAGUGCGCCUCUCGGUUCCAUCAAUGAAACGGUCCCCUGCUACCUCAAAGCAGCAGGGGACCAACUUCUUCAUGCUGACGCCACUGUGGAGACAGGCCCCUCGGAGCCCCAGGACCAUCCCCCUCCUAACUAUCCACUGAUGAGCCAGACGGUCCAGGAACAAGCAGAGAUUCAAAUGAAUGAAACCCGGAUGGAUACUGCUUUGUCAGCGCCUUCUUUGGAAGAGCAAUCAGUGUUUGAUUCCGCAUUUAUGAAUCAAGUUCCUAUUCCUAUUAUCAUCGUACAGGCAGACAAAAUGGUGUCAGAGAGCAUGGAAGUGAAUAAUACUCCACUUAUUCAGACUGCGAACAUUGGUGAUCUUUCUACUGUCAACACAGUAGACAUCUCUGAGAAGGGGGACUUCAAGAUGCAAGAGGGAGGCCUUCCAGAUGGGUCCGAUAGCACACCGGCCUUUAAUCUCAGUGUGACUCCCACACCGGUGUUGGAACAAAAUGAAGACAUAGUUCCAUUACAGGAGCACCUCAGUUCUGCUUUUGACCAAAAACAUGAAGUAAAUGCUAAUCUAGAACCGGAAGAGCUGCCUCUGUCGGAAAUUGCUGAAAAAACAAGGGAGACACAGGGUAAUGAGGGGCUUACCCUAUUUAUUGAGUCAGAGUCUAAAAGGGGAAAGGAGGGAGAGGUGCAAGAUUUGAAUGAACCACAAAGCCUCCUUGUGGCCCGGGAUGAGGAAGAAACUGUCAGGUUAUCAGAGUCAGCCAUUGUUGUGGGCCAUCCAGACGACACUGGGAGCCGGUUGUUUUUGGAGAACAAUACAGAAAGUGAACCCUCAAAUUCUACUUCGGAGGACACCACAGAUAUUAAAGUCAUUAUCCCAGAAAAUGUGGCAAAUGAAAAGAGUAAUAAAACAGGUGAUGAAGUUAAAGAACCUGAGAUCAAAAAAACAUUGCUGCCAUUAAUUACUUUGACAUCAAUAAGAAAUCCUCCGAUUUUGCAAAAUGACCGCAACGCUGAUAUUUCAAUAACAAUAAUAAAAGAGAAAGACAUUCUUGUUUCAAAGAUGGACAGUUUAUUACCCAAGGAGACAAGUCUUCUGAAUGAGGACGACAAGCCACCAGCAGACAAAACACAGGAAGGUGUGCAACUUCAUGCCCAGACUGAAAUACAACUCGUAGAACCGCACCGCAGUGAGCACACGGUCACGUUGGUAUCCAUUCCUGUUAUAAAUGUUUCAUGUACGGAUGAAAACCAACUCACGGUGGAUGUACCUGUCUGUGUACCUGAAACAGACCAAGUCUUCAAUGCACCAGUCAUUGAAGACCCCAAGAUACCUCUGUUGGUGGUGCCACCCAUAUCCAUAAUUUGUAAUGAUAUUCCUGUUGAAAGCAUUUCCGUGCCAUCUCAACAAAUGUACACAGUGACAGGACCCUACCAGGGGGGUGAAACCCAUGUUGAAAGCCUUAUCGCGCUUGAAUCUCCCAGUCAGGCGCAUGUGUUGAAUGGGGCACAGACACCAGCUGGUGUGACAGCUAAUACGCAUUCCCUGAUCAAAACAACGGAAGCCGUUGGUGACGCUGUAACCCACAAGAAGAAACCAAUGAAGCAGGGAGAAAAAGAGCCAGAUGACCCUGGGUCAGAACCCGCUAAGGACCGUCCUCUCCAGCCAGACAAACUCCCCGUGGAGAGGCUGGAUGUCCAGCCCCAGCCGACACCAGCCUUGAGCCCGGCUAGCCUUCGCCGGUUCCUCUCUCGAGCUGGUCCCCGCUCCGACUCCCCCACUGCGAUGGCCGUCCCUGCCAUCACCGUAGGGGACUCCCAGAGUGACAAGACAGGGGAGGAGCUGAGCGGAGGAUCCACGCCGACCUCGUCCCUCUCCUGUGAGAGCAGCCCGCGGCUCAAGCGCAGAGAUAGUAUGUCGCUCAUUCGAUCGGCCACCCCAGAGGAGCUGGCCUCUGGUGCACGCCGCAAAAUCUUUGUGCCGAGGUCGAAGGGAGAAGAUGGAGGAGAGGGGGCUGGACUCGCAGUCCUGGGGGUUGCUGAGGCCCCCUACAUGUCCCCCGGCCAGGCUCGGAGGGCUGCUCUCCUUCAGUCUCCUGCCGGACAAAAUAUCCCAGGGGUCGCUGAGGCAGUGACAAGGAGGGAGAGCCCCUUCAUGUCCCCCGGCCAGGCUAGGAGGGCUUCUCUCCUACAGGCUCCUACUGUUCAAAAUUCCCCAGGGGUACCUGAUGCCCUGGUGAAGAGGGAGACCCCCUUCAUGUCCCCCGGCCAAGCCAGGAGGGCCGCUCUUCUUCAGGCUCCUACCGGACAAAAUACCCCAGGGGUUCCUGAGGCUGUGUCGAGGAGGGAGAGCCCCUACAUGUCCCCCAGCCAGGGUAGGAGGACCGCCCUCCUGCAGGCUCCUACCGGACAAAAUACCCCGCCGCUGGAGAGGCGGUCUCCGAUGCUGAACCGCCGCAGGGCCAUGCUGGAGGUGCCAAAGGUGGUGGAGGAGAAGCCUGCAGAGGAGCCGGACAGCAGCAAGUCAGAGGAGAAGCCCGCGGAGAAGGAAAAGCUGGACCCUUUCAAAGCCCCACAGGUGAUCCGCAAGAUCAGGGGGGAGCCGUUCCCCGACGCCUCGGGACAUCUGAAGCUGUGGUGCCAGUUCUUCAACAUCCUCAGUGACUCCACUGUCAAGUGGUACAGAGACGAAGUGGAGAUACUGGAGGUCCAAAGAAGUGGAGGAGAUGAGAGCCAAGUAGCUCUGGCUAUUGUCCAGGCGUCCAGCCCAGACUGCGGAGUAUAUGGUUGCACCAUCAAGAACGAAUAUGGGACUGACACCACUGACUUCCUGCUCAGCAUGGACAUCUUAUCUGAUAUGUUACUGAAAGACGAUUUGGAAGUUGGGGAGGAGGUAGAGAUGACCCCGCUGAGGUUCACCAAAGGCCUGGCCGACGUCAGCUGCUGGGGCGACAAGUUCUUUGGACGCAUCAUGACAAAGGUGUCUCACAUGGGGGAGGGCUGUGCACACAAGGCCUGCAGGAUAAAGGUCAUCUACGGCCUGGAUCCCGUCUUUGAGUCUGGGAGCACCUGCGUUAUGAAGGUCCAAAGUCCCAUCCCUUAUGAGACCAAGGAGGAGCGUAACCUUGCAGAGAGAAACCUAGAAAUGACUAAGCAAGAAUGCAAAAUUCAAAACAUGAUUCGGGAAUACUGUAAAAUAUUUGCAGCCGAAGCAAGAGUCAUUGAGAACUUUGGCUUUUCACUAGAAGUCCUGCCUCAGUACCUGAUGUACCGGCCGGCUAACACCGUGCCGUACGCCACGGUGGAGACGGACCUGCCGGGGGUCUUCCUCAAGUACUGCCACAUGGACACCAAGGGCCGGCUCAUCACCAGGACCAGCUCGGAGGUGGAGCAGAAGUGCUGCACCUUCCAGCAUUGGAUCCACCAGUGGACCCACGGAAACUUACUGGUCACCAAUCUACAGGGUGUGGAAACAAAGCUCACCAACAUCAGAGUUGCGACCAAGUCAAAGGGGUAUCAAGGCCUUACGGAGCAAGGCUCACCGGAGCUCCUGGAGCAGUUUGCGGCCCAGCAUCAGUGUAACUACUACUGUGGUCUUCUGGGCCUGCGUUCCCUGAAGGCAGCGGACAGUCUUCAGCAGCCCAGCAAGAUAAAGGGCUCCAGAAGCCCGCUGUUGCAGCGCAAGCUGAGCACAAGCUCAAGCCCCGUACUGCAGCGCAGAGGGGUCCCUAGCCCCCUAACGUCCAGAAAGGCCACCGCUAGUCCAAAGGUGCCAAGGAAGGCUCCGGGGACCGAGGAAAAUAACCCAACCGCCAAAGCAAACCCUGAGGGAACCUCUGAAACGGUCCUUAAGAGUUAGAAAGGGGGGUCCUGGUGAGACAUCAAACUAACUUUUCUCCAUGUUCAAUGAAUUUUGUUCACGGAUGGCUCUUUUUAAAUAUAAAAAUAGCAACAACCGUUUUGGUCAGUGGUACAGGGUGAACAUCAUUAGCAUUGAUAUGAUAUUAGAUACUUUGUUAAGUGGUUAUGUAGGGGAGCACAGGCCAUUGAAGGGCUGGGUUUACCCUAUUAUGUAAAGUACUGUAAAUGUCUCAUUUACCGUCAUCAGCAUGUCCUUUAUUGGAGCUACACUGGUCUCCCGCCCCUUACCUUCCACAUGCACUGCUGAGAUAAUGUUUUAUUGGGAUGUUUUAAGGUACAAGGGUCACAACCUACAGAUCCUAAUUUGCUCAUAUUUUUAAUAUUUUUAAUAUUUUAAACACCUUCAUCCUUUCAUUUACUUUUGAGGCUUGGAGCCGGGAAAAUUGUUUGAACACAAUUUCAACACAGCUUUAAUAAGAUGUUUCAAGGUUAAAUGUGACAAGCUGAGUAGGCCUACUCUGUAACACAUUUAGUUUCUAUGUUUGUAGACAUUCUUUUGGUUAAAGAUUAUCUGUAAUGCUGCAGUUUUAGCCUACUCUGAGUACGGCAUUACAAGAUCAUUUCUAUUUCUGGUUCACAUGUUGCCACCUCAUUGUUCUCGUUUUUAAGUAAUAUGAUUAAGUUGUAUUGGUUACAGAACAGUUGUGUAUGGUAAGCAGUCUAUCGAUAGCCAAUCUUAUGGAGGAAUGGGAGUAGUUGCGUUAAUAAGCAAUUAGCGUCGAUAAGGAGGACCCUAAUGAGGAAGUAAAUGAGUCAUGAAGUCCACUUGUCGCAAUCCUUGUUGACUUUCAAACACACAUGCAAGGAGGGCUUGUAAGGAGAGCGUUCCAUUCAUGCCUUUUUGUAUUGUUGUAAUUUUGUAUAAUUAUCUGAAUUGUUACUGCUGAACUCAAUGCCAGCACAACAUUAUUUUUGCUAUAUAAAGAGAAACAAAGAAAGAGAGAAAGAAGAACGAAAGAAUAAAGGAAAAAGGUACUGAUGCAAAAAGGAUUUCCGUUAGGCAUGAUUCACUUUCAGACACUUUCAAAAACGGUGUCAUUGAAACCAUGCAUAUCGAUGUGUCAAAGUUUCAGAAAGAGUCUGACAAGGAUAGGUUGUAAGUGAAGAAACAAACAGGUGACUGAAGUAAUUAAAAGAAGCGUGAAAGGAAUGUGUGUUUACAGAGUGGUUAAUGUUCAUUGACCACACUUUGGCCUGUCUCAGUUUAUUUUGUAAGAAUAAAAGUUUUAAAACAUAAUCAAACUCAACAUUAUUGUGUUCCAACAUUAUACGAUUCCAAGUUGUUUUUAUAUCUGUGUUUAUUUUAAAAAGUUUUCAUAC